AUGGUCAAACAUGCAAAGGUUUGGGACGGUGGCCUCGGACCUCGUGCUGAGGUCAUUGCUCAUGCUCUGAUUGAGCGAAGCUCCGUGACAAGGGCCGGGACGGCGGUGUUUGCUCACACAACAAGCUGGCCCAAGCAGAGUGCAAACUGGACAGUGCUGCCGAAGCGUGUUGGCCCAGAUGUGAUCGUCGUGCUUCCUGACAAGGAGAAAGGCAAGCUCACAGUCCGCAGCCUGCUUCCGGUCGAGUUGGGGUUCUGCAAAGGCUGGCCGCUUAUCUUGAACACCGCCACGCUGAGUGCUCGCAACGAUAUGUCGGUUUACUCACGGCUGAACCCAGACGACCUGCUCAGGCUGCCGGCAGGAACCAAGUUUCAUGGCACGCCAGAGGAUGCCAUUCAUGUGACUGAGAAAUCCGUUGGCCUCCUGCAUGAGACAGCCUUUGCAUCCGUUACAUGUUGCGGCUUCGAGCUGACAUCCAAGCGUGAAUGCCUCAAAGUCUUGAAGGAAGGCCAGAGUGCAACAGAGGAGCCCUUCCCAGGCUACAAGUUCUUUCUGCUCCUGAAUGUAUGCAAGAACCAGUGCAGGGAAAUAGAUGCAUCCCAAGACUUUCCGUGGUCAUUCUUGGAUGAAGGAGUCAAGCAGACUCUCGAGGUCAAUUUGGAUCCGCCGCGCAUUGAUACUUAUGCUGCUGCGUUCUCGAACUCCAAAGUGCCAGCAUUGAUCCGUUUCUAUGGGCGUCAAAGCUGUGUGUUGUUGGAGAUGAACUGCCCUAUGCUUCUUGGCUAUGCUAUGACCAUCAUGACCGAUCCUGACUUGAGCCUCUUGACUGUGAGGAAACGUCGGCUUCAGGAUGAUCUGGCUACGGCAAAGCGUGCUUGUGCAGUUCUUGAGCAGCGGCUUGCUGAGCUGUAG